AAAUUCAGGAUUACUUACAAAAUGGUCAAUACAACAAUGCAAGAAUGGAUGUCCAAUGAAAUGGAACGUUUAUCCCUGAAAUGGGAACGUUACAAACCAGCAUGUUCCGGUUAUAAUCGUAUACACUCGGUUCGUCUCUCGAAAAGUGUUACCCAUAUGCUCAACAAUCCCCUGCCUGCAGAGGAUCGUUUAGGUGGCAGUUCUUCAUCAUCAAUGUCGUCGUCCAUGCAACGAGGUGGUACAGCUCAAAGUUCCCAGGUCUUAAGUCGUUCGCCAUCAUCGUGGGAGGAAGUGUAUCCUACAGUGCGAAUUACCCGUCAAGACUCGGAGGGGGAGCGCAAGGAUAGUGUACAGAAAUUUGCCUAUUAUCGAAAUUGUUCGACACGUGUAACGUAG